AUGGAUCGCAAUUUCGAUAUACCUGAUUCCACCGACUGGGCAGCCACACCACUCCCAGAUGUUGCCCACUUCGAAUCCGCCUUACGAUGUCAGAUAUGCAAGGACUUCUUCGACAACCCGGUCAUCACCUCCUGUUGCCAUACCUUUUGCUCUCUGUGUAUACGGCGGUGUCUGAGUUCUGAAGGAAAAUGCCCUGUCUGCCGCAGCAAUGACCAGGAGCUUAAGCUACGCCGAAAUUGGGCUGUUGGGAGUCUCGUCGAGUCAUUCAAGACAGCAAGGCCGUCAAUGCUUGCGUUUGUGAGGAAUAAUCCGAUACAUACAACGCUAGUAUCUAGACCAGGGUCAGAGGAUGCAGUGGAAAACCCGGCGACGAAGAGGAGAAAGAUUGACCAUAUCGGUGGAGAUAGUGCUACGGGCCUGGAGACUAGUAGGAGGACGAGGUCACAAGGUAGGAGGUUAGAAGACAACGCAAAGUCGGAGUACGAGCCGGUGAUUAUACCAGAUAGUGCAGAUGAAGAAGACGGAGAAAAGGAAGAUGAAGAGUAUCAGCCAGAUGACGGACUCGUGGCUUGCCCCGUCUGCAUGAGAAGAAUGAAGAAUGAAGCAGUGUUUUCUCAUUUAGAUAACUGCACCGGCACGCCAGAAAAAGAAAGCGGUUCCAAGUCUAAUGGGAUUAUUGGGUUCCAAGGGUUGAGAAGCUCCCCAAGCACUCCUAAGACCUUCAGUCGUCUUCCAACAAUAAAUUACUCCAUUUUCAAAGAAAACACUCUGCGCAAAAAGCUCAAGGAACUUGGUAUUCCAGAUUGGGGUCCGAAGCCCAUCUUACAAAAACGGCACACAGAAUGGAUGAAUUUAUGGAAUGCAAAUUAUGAUUCUAUAAAUCCUAAAUCAAAGCGAGAUCUUCUCCGGGAUCUCGAUGUUUGGGAAAGGACCCAGGGUGGACUGGCAACCUCACAAGCUUCGUCGAGAGUCAAUUCUGCGAUAAUGAAGAAAGACUUUGAUGUGACUGCUUGGUCGCAGUCGCAUGAUGAUGACUAUAGAAAACUCAUAGCAGAGGCGCGCAGUAUGAUGGCUAAACGUGUAGCGGUAUCUAAUGGGAAUGCAGAAGGCCAACCAAAUGAAGAAGAGGUCAAUGAAGGGUCACUGUCAGCGCCAGCGCCAACACCGAUGGCAGCGGUUACGACACCGUCUCACGAGCCAGUUCUGGAACAGCCGAGCGAGGCGAAGGAGACCAGAGGCGAGCAAGACCAUCCUGAGAUAGAGCCUGAUAGCACAGACAAAUCGAUGCAGGUUGCUGUAGUGGCACCAUAG